CCCUCCCUCUCCUUGGCCGGGCGCUAGGACCCGGCUGCCCCUCCCUUGGCCUCCUCCUCCUCCUCUUCCUCCCCCCAGAAGAGACCCUUCCUCCUCCUCCUCCUCCUCCUCCUCCUCCUCCCCCUCCCUCCUUUCCAGGAGCAGAGAGAGAGGAUGGCGGAGGGAGGGAGGCGGGCAAGGCCCCGGCCCUGAAGGCAAACGCAGCCCCCUCCCAAAAAAGCCCUUUUGCAGCCUUGAAGCCUUCCUCCCUCCUCCUCCUCCUCCUCCUCCUCCUCCUCCUCCUCCCUCCUGGGCCAUGUCUGCCACGGAACUGGACCUGGACCUGGAACAAGCCGCGGUGCAGCUGGAGGCCGACGAGGACGAGGAGCAGUGGCUCUACGGGGAUGACAACGGCAAGCCGGAGGAUGGACCGAUUUCUGGAAAUGCAGACUCCCACCCUUUGCAAGAUCUUUCCAAGGAGGGCAGGAUGGUCAACUGCGAAGAUCGAGAGCUCAUGCAGCAGAUCCUUCCGAGCGGAGAGGACGAUGAAGACGAUAGCGACAGUGACAGCGACGACGACGAUAUUCGGGUCACGAUCGGCAACAUCAAAACGGGGGCUCCUUCGUACAUGGGGACCCCCAUGAAUCUGAAUCUCAAAACGGGACGAGGCUACGGACCACCAGCCACAGCCAAGUCCCAUCCCAAAGGCAUUGAUUUGGAGGCUGCGGGGAACAUCAACGGCUUGCCUGCCAUCGAAGCGGAUUUAGAGUCCUUUGAAGACAAACCGUGGAGGAAACCAGGCGCUGACCUUUCAGAUUAUUUCAACUACGGGUUCAACGAGGAGACCUGGAAGGCCUAUUGCGAGAAGCAGCGCCGGCUCCAGCUGGGCUUGGAGUCCUCUCCUCCGGUCAGUGCGGCCGAGAAUAAGAUCACGGUCCAGCAAGGAAGGACUGGGAAUGCCGAAAAGGAGCCGGAGAACAAUAUCAUCAAAAUGGAUUUCAAGACAGAUUUUGUAGCUUUGCUUGGCGGGCGGAUCAAAGCCGGGCCUCCGCCAAACAGGAAGCUGGGAGGCACCAUCGAUGUGAUUGGCGGUCAAGCGGGCACCAUCCGGCGGGUGGAAGGCAGGCGGCGCGACAAGCACGCCUCCGAGGAAAACCCCAUUCAAGUCCUCGGAGACCACGGGAGCAAACCCCCGGCUCCUCCGCAGCCAUCGCAACAGCCGCCUCCUCAGCAGCAGCAGCAGCAGCAGCAGCCGGCCUUUGCGCCUCCGACGGGACCACCACCCCCGCUGGGCGGCCCCCCUCCGCCCCACUUCCUGCACCUGCCCCCUCCGCCCGUGGCCUCCGUCCCACCCCCCCUCCACCCGCCAGGUUUACCACCCGCUGGCCCCAUUCCAGGGCUGUUUCCUCCACCUCUCGCUCCACCGCCGGCCCUUUUGAUCCCAACGCUUGAUGGCCAGCCUGCCCGCUACAACAACCGUCAGCCUCCUCCCUUUGGCUACAGCUCCUCAGAUUCGGGUUUCAUCAGCUACCCUCCCAUUUCCACGUCCCACACUCCCUGGGUGACGACGGUGGACAAAGGCUCCGGUGCUUUGGAUGGCUGUCACUGGGAGUAUUCCAGCUCAAGGCGGGAGCGGGAAAGAGACCGGGACCGGACCCCCACCACCAGCGAAUACAACAACGAUGAUGAGAGGUACCGCUAUUACAGCCGGGAGCGCAACUACGAUUUCGAGCGGGAUUAUCGUCGGAGUCGGGACCGCAGCCGCGAAAGGGAAGACCGCCACCGGGAGCGAAGGCACAGAGACAAAGAGGAGGGCAGCAAACACAAAUCCUCGCGGCGCAAGCAGCACGAGAGCGAAGAAGGGGAGAGCCACCGGCGCCACAAGCACAAAAAGAACAAGCGGAAUAAAGAAGAGAAGGAGGCAAAUGAGGACGGCACCCUAGAAGGAAACGGACAGGACUCCAAAGAGUAGCAAUUCGUGUUCCAAGGACAGUCGGGGCACCUCUCCAACCGGGCUGCCCGCCUCCUGCAAUUUCUGAAGGACUUCUAUGUAUUUUCUGAGAAAAUAAUGGCCAAGAUGGUGGGAACGCAGGUUGCCCCCGCUAAAGCCAGGCCAGACUUCCAGGAGAGUGAAAAAAAAAAUCAGAAAAAGCACUGAACUCUUCCUUGUGCAGGUGAAACUCCACCAUGUCAGAUCCUAUGGCUUCUGAUAGGAGACCGCUUAAGCAAGUCCAGGGCAAUAUUUGGCGGUUUAAGGUUAUCUUAAAGAAGUAAGACAGUGAAUGCACCAUGGAGCCACUUCGAAGGGGAACGUUGGGAUCUCCUGACCGUCAGCUCCCAAGGAAGUCCCAUUGCUUUCCUUUACUUGUUCCUCUUCAGGAAAGCUUAGGAGAAAGUGAUAAUUCACCAUGGACACUUCACAGAUUGACAGGUUUGUACAAGAUGCACGCUUUUACUCCGGGAAGUUGGCAUCCGCAGGACCUGACAAGAGUUCAGUGGACUUCCUUUGAAAACUAUUAAAUGGGAACACAAUCUUGGAAAGUUUGCCUUAAGAAGUUGGACACAAGCUACUUACGGUGGCUGCCAGAAGCAACCUCUUUCGGUCCAACGGGAAUCAAUGUUGACAGUUCCGAAGUCACUGACACACUUUUCAUAGCUCUUACAACACUAAGCCUAGCCAUAUUCUAUGUUGUUUUUGUUUUGAAAAGAACAAGAACACACCCUCAGACCCUAAAUACAUAAAACCCCACUUUGCGUGCAUCCCUUUUUAAAUUAUCUUCCACCUUCUGCCAGAAAUAUUUAUAAGACACUUCUGAAAUUUGUUUGAACUUCAUAUUUUUGUUGGUAUUGUAGUCAUGCAAGUCUGAGUGUUUGUAUGAAGCUAAUGAACUUGGAAACAUGAGCCAGUAUGCCCUUGUGUUUUGGUUUGUACACGAUGAUGGUGCAGUGAAUGGGCCAGUAACAGGAAAACAUGUGGGAAAUAAAGCAAUUUUUUGGAAAAACA